CCUCCCUGUAGGAUGGGGGCCAUGAGGCCGGCGCUGGCCUUGCUAUCCCUGGCCUACCUGCUGCACACAGCCGCUGCCCUGAGAAUCUGCGCUUUCAACAUCAAGACUUUUGGAGACAGCAAGCUGUCCAAUGAAACCAUCGCAGGCAUCAUCUUGAAUAUCUUGCAGACGUACGACAUCACUGUGGUGCAGGAGGUCCGUGACUCUGACCUGAGUGCCGUCCAGAGACUGAUGGAUCAGCUCAACAGGGCUUCUCUGCAGCCAUACAGCUAUGUGAUCAGCGAGCCCCUGGGCCAGAGUACCUACAAGGAGCAAUACCUCUUCAUCUACCGGACGGGUGUAGUGUCGGUGAUGGACAGUUACUGCUACGAUGAUGGCUGUGAGCCCUGUGGGAGCGACACCUUCAGCAGGGAACCCUUCAUUGUGAAGUUCUCUUCCCCCUACACAGAGGUGCCGGAAUUCGUGCUGGUGCCCUUGCAUACGGCCCCCAGUGAGGCUGUGGCAGAGAUCGACGCCCUCUAUGAUGUCUACUUAGAUGUCAUCAACAAGUGGGGUACUGACAACAUCCUCUUCCUGGGAGACUUCAAUGCCGACUGCUCCUACGUCAGGCCGCAGGACUGGCCUUCCAUCCGCCUGCGAACCAGCAACGCCUUCCAGUGGCUCAUCCCAGACAGUGCAGACACCACUGUGUCGUACACAGACUGUGCCUACGACCGGAUCGUGGUGAGUGGCUCUGAGCUGCAGCACUGUACGGUGGACAAAUCUGCCAAGGUCAACAACUUCCAGGAGACUUUCCACCUGCAGCUCAAGGAUGCCCUGGCCGUCAGUGACCAUUUCCCGGUGGAAGUGACUCUGAGGGCUCGCUGAGGCUCGCCUGCUCCUGCUUUGCUCCAUCCCCCCCAUAGCUACCAGCAAAGCAACCUCUACCGCAUUCAUAUUCCCUUUGGCUGCUGCUGGCUGCAGCGCCAACGCCUUCAGACGAGCUCCCCAGGAUGAACCUUAGCAUCUACGAUUAUAGCCAAAUACCAGCCUCCUGGCAUCUACCUGCUGCUCCUGGCACAUCCUCAUGGCUGGUCACAAACCCACCUCUCUAGGUGCUGCAUCGAAUGGCCCACCAGCGUCACUUACUGGGUACCUGGA